AUGGAUGAACCAUGUAGCUGUGUUCUGCUCAUUUCCAGCGACCAUGGUUACAAGAGGUUUUUGGAGAAGCUUCGUCAAGAGAACGUGCUUGUAUACAUCAUGUUUCCCCGCGGUUCAACAUAUGUGGUGUUGCUCGAGGAAGCAAUAAAAUGCGAUGUAUUCCAUAAGUUGUCUGACGGUACUUUUAUUUGGAAACUUCCUAAAGAUCUGGAUCAUAAGGAACUUGGUCCUCAACAUGGCAAACCUCCAAGACACGGUCCUCCAAGCAGUGUUCCAAGAAAUCGUCAAAGAACAAAUUUUUGUUAG